AUGGCGCGCCGCCUCGUCAUGCUGCGCAGCCCCAGCGGCAGCAUGGCAGUAGUGCUGCUCCUCGCCGUCGCCGUCGUCCUCUCCAAUGUCCCCUCCUCCGCCCUGGCCUCCUCCGCCUCCUCGUCCUCGUCACUGCCGAGUGAGAGAACCGGGAGCAGCGGCGGCGGCGACGAGCAGGAAGCCCCGGCGCCGCCGUCUUCCGACGACGAGGACGACAAGGAGCAGGAGCAGGAGAUGGACCCGGAGAAGCAGAAGCAGAAGGAGAAGGAGCGGCAGAUGGCGAAGCAGCAGGCGGCGGAGGAGGAGAAGGUCGCCCAGCAGGAGCUGCUCAAGUACGCCCAGGAGAAGCACAUCGUGUCCUCGACCAACGGCGCUGGGUGGUACAAGGGCAUCGCCCGUGAGUUCGUGGACGCCCACAACGAGCUCCGCGCGCGCUACGGCGUGACGCCCAUGAAGUGGGACAGGAAGCUGGCACGGCAGGCGCGGCGCUGGUCCAACGCCAUGCGCAAGGACUGCCAGCUCCUCCACAGCGGCCACGAAUACGGGCAGAGCGUGUUCAGGAGCCACGACGACUGGAACGCCACCGCCAGGGAGGCCGUCAUCUGGUGGGGCAAGGAGGAGACCAUCUACGACAAGCAAAGGGAGAAGUGCCUCGACGGCAAGAGCUUCAAGGAGUGCGGCCACUUCGCGCUCAUGGUCGCAAAGAGGAGCACCAAGGUCGGCUGCGCACGCGCCGAGUGCUUCAAAGGCGGCGUCUUCAUCACAUGCAACUACUACGCCAGCGACCUCAAGGACAAGGACAAGGACAAGAACAAGACAAGAGCAACUGACUCGACGAUCCAUGCAUCUAGUGUUUGUUCUUCCUUCAUUAAUUGUACCUGA